AUGCCUUCGUUUACAACCAUUUCACAAGAGUCUUCGAGUUCUUCCUCCAGUACUUCUGACUUGGAAGAGAUAAAAGAGAGAACAGUCUUUGAGAGAAUCAAAUUUAUAUAUUGUAAAGAUUUUAAAUCGGACAUCUCAAUCAAAAGAUGUUAUGACACUGAUUUUGAUGAGAAAGGCUUUACAAAAGAGCUUGAAUUGGCAAUCAAAAAAGAAAAUGAUGGAGCGUUCGAAACCUUUUCAAUAAAUUUAUCUGGAAAAUCAUUUCUCGUGUGGCAGAUUGCCAGCACUGAUGUGAUAAGAGGCGUUGUCACUGAAUCUUUUGAGCCAAGUGAUUUUGACAAAUGGUUUUUACACUUGGUUGCAUCCACUAGUAAAGUCGACUUUUCCCCAGAUCUCAGCGAAACUUCAUAUGUUGCGGACAUAAUAUGUGAUGAAUUUGUAGCCACGUUGAAAAAGACUGCGAAGGUAGACAAGUGGGAUUCAGGAGGAAGAGAGUUUUUCAAGGAAGGAAUUGAAUUUUUUGUUACCAAAGGCAUCACCAUUGAAGCUGUGCUACCUGCUUUUCCUUGUAAAUCAUCGAACUCAAAGAAGGUUGCAACUAGUGAGCCAGACAAAGGAGAAGAAUUAGCAAUUCGAAGACUUAUUCAAUUCGCACAUAAUGUGAAGAAGAUAUAUCCACCGGGAAUGAUUGUGUGGAUAGUUAGUGAUGGGCAUGUCUUUAGUGACUGUAUUGGAGUCGAUGAUGACAUAGUUGAUGAAUACACAGAGAAAGUCAAGAAUUUGUAUUCUUCUUUGGACCCUCAAAAUGUUGAUGAAGUGAUCAAGUUUGCAUCUUUGAAAGAUAUUUUCAAUUUCCAACAAUUUCCAAUGAAGAAAGAACUUGUGGAGCAUGUUCAUUUGGAACACUACUUAAGCACAAAGCUUGAUGAUUAUUCUGAGCUAUGUCGUAAGGUUUUGGUACAUAGUUGUGAUACCGAUUCAGGAAAGCUAAGAGAGGACGUUAACACCAAAGACCAUCCAAGGUUAUUUUUGUAUAGAGGAUUCUCAAAAUUUAUGACUGAAGACCUCGCUUCACAUCCUGUGACUGUUAAACUCACUAGAAAGAAGUUUAGAAAGGUUGUUUCGAGGAUUGCAUUUGAAAUGAUAAAGGUAUGUAUACAAUCAAAUGAAUGA